AUGGUCUUGCUAGAAGUUGUGAUAUUUCAUGCCUUUUUAAAAAAGUGUGAGGCAGCCCUGGGCGGGCGGGACCCCUGUCUGCAGCCUUGGGCAGAGGGGCUUGGAUUCUCUGUUAUUCUAAUAUUCACACUAUGGGCGUAUGGCUUGUACUUCUGUGGAAACUUUAAAAUCAACCACUUCUACUGUGCAGACCCUCCUCUCAUCAAGAUUGCCUGCGGCAGGGUCUACAUCAAAGAAUACACAAUGAUUGUGAUUGCUGGAAUUAACUUCACAUACUCCCUCUCAGUGGUCCUCAUCUCCUAUACCCUCAUUGUAGUAGCUGUGCUACGCAUGCGCUCUGCUGAUGGGAGGAAGAAGGCCUUCUCCACAUGUGGGUCCCACUUGACAGCUGUUACCUUGUUUUAUGGGACUCUCAUAUUCAUGUAUCUCAGGCAGCCCAAUGAAGAGUCUGUGGGGCAGGGGAAAAUGGUGGCUGUGUUUUAUACCACUGUGAUCCCCAUGUUGAACCCCAUGAUCUACAGUUUGAGGAACAAGGAUGUGAAAGAGGCAGUCAAUAAAGCAAUCAUCAAGGCCAACUUGGGUCAGUGA